AUGCAUGUUUACAAACUGAUAAGGGAAGGUGCUGAGUUAAUGCCCUGCAGGAUGACCAGUGGAGAACCACCACCACCGGCCAAUGCUGGGCUGGUGGUCCCGUUGGUAAUUUGGGGACCAAAACCACCGGAGAAUAAAAUGACUGCAGUGAGAUAUUUGAGCGAUAUGACUACUUUAGUUACUGGUGCGGAAAAUGGUCAUUUGAUCAUAUGGAAAUGCGAGGGAGACACAUUGAGUCCAUAUCAGCUGAUGAUCGGGCACGAUUCACCUAUCACAGCUAUAUCACCCACAACUAAUUUGGUUAAUUCAACACGAUUUAUUUCUGCAUCCUGUGAUGGACACCUAUGUUUAUGGGACGUUCAGGAUGGUCGAUGCAUUGACUCCGUUUCCACAUUAUUUAUUCAUCGUCACAUGCAACCAUACACUUAUAAAUCUUCUCGUCAUACGAGAUCCACACGAUUGUUUUGUAUUGGAGAUUAUAGUGACAUAGUAGUGAUGGAUCCACAGGAUCUGACGGUUGUUUUUCAGUUGAGCUCUAGAGUCGAACCUGAUUGGGUAUGUAGUUACGAUAUUGUGCAAAGGGGAACCAGAUCCGAGCAGUGUAUAGGUGUCUCUAUGGCUGGUAUGAUAAAGAUUUGGUCGUUGGUGGAAUUAGAAAAGAAGGAUCUCGCCACUCCUCUUUAUGAGGAUGAAUCGAAAAGACUUGAUCUCAGGGAUGUGAAGUCGGUUUCUUUUAAUCCUUUAAAUGAUCGAAUUCUUCUUGUUGUUUGCUCGAAUAAUUGGCAGUUGGUCGACCUGGAUGACCUGGCUGUUUUUAUUACGCAUGAAUGUCCUGCAAGAGCAGUAAAUGGCAAAGUUUUGAAUGUCGAUAAAGUUGCUGUUGCAUUUAUGGAUCAGACUAUAAGAGUGUACCAACUUCCAGUGGAGAAGCUCGAAGGUGCACAGGCACGUCAAUAUCUUGGUGCUGAUCCUCGAAACUUUCUAGGCAUUGGUAAUCCAUUUGAGUUCGCAGUACUAGAACCAUCUCAUUCGAAUCCACGAUCGUGGCUUAAUGAUGUCACCUUCUCUUUUUCACGGCAGCCUGGCGACUCAACAUUAUUUCGAGUUGCCCGGGCAAGUAAUUCUGGACAGUUGGUGGUCUGGGAUAUCCCUUAUUUCGACAAAGAUUUCCUCAAGGAUUAUAGCUCUGUCUCAGAGUUUCCUCUGAAGUACCAAGGGACUUUUGAAGAAAGUCUGGAAUCAGUUUGGAAGAGUCUCAAUGAGAACGAGGAUUCGUCGUUACCCAUGCUGGAUCCCGGCGAGGUGACAUGUUCGUUGUACGUAAGCAGUCAAGGCAAAUUGAUCUUGGGUAGGGCAGAUGGUCUAAUUGUUAUGACAUACGCCUGUGAAACAUUGGCAAGACAAUUGCUGGAUGUAUCGCUUGAAAAACCUACAAUACGACGAUUAAUUGGGCAUAAAGCGUCUGUGAGCAAUCUUUUCUACCCAUUUGAGCAUCAUCCACGUUUUGAUCCGCAAGUGUUGCUAUCAGGCGCCGAUGAUUUUGCUGUAAUUGCAUGGAAUAUCAACACUGCAGUUAGACUCUACAGAUUCAGCGUUCAUGGCGGGCCAAUUCUUCGAUUCCUAGUUCCUCCGGCAAAUACGAGUAAACAGAUAAGUAAAUGUAUGUGUUCGGUGGCGGCUGAUCAUAGCGUAUCGUUGCUGAACAUUCGCGACAUGAAGUGCGUAUUGCUUGCUUCGCGGCAUCCUCAUCCAGUAAGUUUAGUUAAAUGGCGCCCGCUGGAUGAUUUCAUGCUGGUGAAACUGGACGACGGCAGUGUGUAUGUGUGGCAAAUGGAGACAGCAAGUAUGGAUCGCGUUGUAACCGGUGUCGUUGCUGAGGAAGUUUUGGCCGCAUGUGAUGAACAAAUUGGGCGAGAGGAAGGUACAGAUGAAGCCGCUGCAUCACAUGCGGUUGUGCUCAUGAGAACAUUACGGUACCGUGGUAUGGAUAUGAUGAAAGGUCGCGGAGGCAUAACAGAUCCGAGUAACCAACAAAAUGAAAAUUCACCACCAUCGCUCCCUAAUGAAAUGGGGGCGAUCCAGCUGGGUCCGCCAAUGUCUAUCCAAUCAUUACCCGGAUGCAACCAAGGAGCACAUCUUAUACAAUUCGAGAUUGGUAGCCUUAUUGGUGGCAUAGUGAAUUUGGAUUCCAAUGAAGAGGCUGCUGCUAUUGAACGGCGGACCCCGUCAAUCAUCACAAGGGCAGAGUCAGGUGAAGAAGAGCCGAAUACCGAGUUGUCGCGUCGCUUAUUAUGGCAAUUCGAAUCAAAUCUGUACCUGGAUAUUGCGCGCCUCUUGUUAUCCUUACUCCACGCAUGGAAUCUUGACAAAGAUCUUGAUGCGGUUUGUGCAAAGAAGCUGGCAUUGAACAAACCAAAACAACAGCUGUAUUUUGGAAAUGUGUCUAGGCAUGGGCAACUUUCUGUUGUGCUUCCGCAACGCACACAACGAUCGUUUGACACAUUCUCGACGGAUAUGCGGUGGCAGGCUAGCCAUUCAUUGACAACCACUCAUUUGCUAGCAGUCAUUUCUACAGCUAAUACCCUGAUGGGCAUGAGAAACGCAGCCGCUCAGAUUGAAAACACUCGGCGAAGUUCUCUUGCAGCAGCACAUCCUCCAGUAAGAAAGUUAACUAAGGAAGGGCUCAUAUGCGAGCGCCAACAACUCAAGCAAGGGUGGAGUCUCUUAGCCGCGUUACACUGUGUUCUUCUACCGGAUCAUGUCCGACCAAGAAGCAGCUAUGCUGCACCUCGAAUAGAACUGCUUGCAAGAAGAUGGCAGGACAGCUGUGUGGAGAUCCGAGAGGCUGCACAAGCAUUGCUGAUACGCGAGUUAUCACGACUGGGUUCGUCAGGACGACGACGCCUUAUUGAAUCGUGGACUCCUUUCUUACCACCAUUAUUGGAUCCGGCGUUGUCUAUAUUUGGAGCUCGAUUGCAGUCUUCCAUACCAGCAUUACCUCCAUCAGCGCCUCCAAUUCCUCCCAGACAGAAAAGCUCCCCACCUCCGCUAGCACCAGUGCCAGAACCUUCAACUGGAGAGGACGGAGAAUCUGGUGUGCAGCAGGUCCGCCGCAAUCAAGCCACAGCCAUAAUUCUUCUCGGCGUUGUCGGAGCUGAAUUUGGUGACGAGUUAAACAGGGCAGAUCUGACUCGAGCUACGGCACUAUCCUUAUUGGAGCUUCUAGUAGCCGCUCCGUCACCGUUGUUACCUGUUCAUUCUCCCCUCCGAAGAGCUGCCAUUGAUCUUCUUGGACGAGGUUUCGUACACUGGGAACCGCAUUUAGAGAUUUCCAAAGUCGUUUUGGGCUUGCUCGAUUUGGCUGCAAACACUGAGAAACAACCACCGCCAUCGAUCAUUGGUGCUCCGUUGUCCCCAAUAGCUGAUGCUUGUCGCACUGCUCGGCACGCUUUAACUCUUAUUGCCACUGCUCGACCUACCGCUUUACUGUCAGCGUUAAGUAUGGAGGUGGCUCGCUACAAUUCUGCUGCUCAGCAUCAAACCAUCCAGCAUACGGUAGUCAGUCCACUUCUCAAGUCACGUUCAGAGGUUCUGAGAAUAAUUGAAGAGUUGUCGGAAAAACGAUAUGCUGAAGUGGUAGAGAUGAUGUUGCCAGUAGGAGAUGUUCUUGUUCAUUGUUUGGACACUUCGUUGUUGAAACAGAAAACUCUCAGCGAUAUUUUUCCACCCAUUACCAAGUUCUACAUGGUGGCUUAUUGUGCGUCAACACGUCGAAUAGCUUUUGGUGGAAAGAACGGCACAUGUAUAGUUCACGAACUCAGAGCAGCGAAGGCUCAUAGUUUGCAAGCUCAUCAUGGUCCCGUGACAGCGGUUGCCUUUUCGGAAGAUGGCAAGUAUUUGGCGACCUACGGAGGUCAAGAUGCCAAAAUCAAUUUUUGGCAGACUAGCCAGACAUUUCUGGGAAUGGGUCAAAGUCAAAUGAAACUAGCCAAAACUCAACCUGCCCCAGCUGCAGAACUUGUUGUUGCGAGUCCAAACGGUAGCGUCCCGGGAUUCAGGCCAAAACUUGUGUGGAUCAAUCCAAAAGCGUUGACUCUUAUCGGAUCUCUGACGCACACGUCAAUAAUUGAUGAAAGUCAUUCUCACGAUAUUUCAAUUUUCUUCCUUCCGACCGUAAUGGCGGUUCCUGGGAGCAGACGCCAAAAUAUGACGAUCGAAGGCGUCUGGGAAGAUCUCUACAAUGGUCUUCAAGCUGUAUAUCUACGAGAAGUGAUGAAAUCUCAGCGAUACAUGGAAUUGUACACAAGUGUGUACGAUUUCUGCACGGCUGUCUCAGUGAAUCCUUCCACACCUGCAGGAGGUGUGGUCGGUCGACCGAGCAGAUCAAAUGUGCGGCCAUCACAUAAGAAUUUCAUUGGAGAAGAUGGUGCGGUGACAAGCACGGAUUUUGUCGGGGUUGAAAUGUACGCGAAACUGACUGCUUUCAUAGAAUCUUACGUAAGAGAUCGGCUAGAAGGUGCAAGAGAUUUGCUUGGUGAAGACCUACUGCGUUACUACACUACACAAUGGUCAGAAUUCAGAUUUUCUUCGAAGGUCGUUGAUGGCAUUUUCUCGUACUUGAACAGGCACUGGAUUAAACGGGAAUUGGACGAGGGGAACGGAAAUAUUUAUAUGAUAUACACCUUGGCACUUGUAAUAUGGAAGAGGAUUCUAUUCAUGGAAAGCAAGGAACGGGUCACAGACGCUGUACUUGAUCUUAUUAGACGGGAAAGAAAUGGUGAAACGAUUUCGCGCAAACUUAUACGGGAUGUCACUGAUUGCUACGUUGAACUCGGAAUAGAGGAAGAUGAAACGCCAGAUCAAGUACGUUCUGCUCAACCGAAUCCGAACGCAAAAUUGAAGGUUUACAUGGAUUAUUUUGAAGCAAAGUUUCUCAGAGAAACAGAAAACUACUACGCAAACGAGGCUCAAGCUUUCUUAGCGAAUAAUCCCUUAACUGAGUACAUGAAAAAGGUCGAAAGAAGACUUGAAGAUGAACGGGCUCGAUGCGACAUGUAUCUUCAUAUGGCUACGCAAGAACCUCUUUCGAAAACUUGUGAAAAGGUGUUGAUUGAGGCACAACUCGAGCUAUUCCAAAGUGAGUUUGGAGCAUUGCUUGAGGCAAACAAGGAUGAUGACUUGGCUAGAAUGUAUAAGUUAUGCGAGCGCGUCGAAGAUGGACUGAACAAUCUGAGAUCAGCGCUGGAAAGCCACAUCACUAAAGAGGGUCUUGCAGCCAUAGCGAAAGUUGCCGAUACUGCUUUUACGGAUGCGAAAUUGUAUGUAACUACUAUUCUUGGUGUACAUAAUCGUUACUCGUCUUUGGUUGGCAGUGCCUUCCAGAAUGAAUCAGGAUUUAUACAAGCUCUCGAUAAGGCUGCAACGACUUUUAUCAAUAAAAAUGCUGUGACUCGACGUUCUCAACAACAAAUGAGCAAGUCACCGGAGUUGCUAGCCAAGUACUGCGACCAACUACUACGAAAGAGCAGCAAAAUGCCGGAGGAAAAUGAACUCGAGGACAUGCUCACCCAAGUUAUGGUUGUUUUCAAGUACAUCGAGGAUAAGGACGUGUUUUCGAAAUUCUACACAAAAAUGUUCAGUAAAAGGCUAAUUUCUGAGACAUCUGCAUCUGAAGAAGCGGAAGUGAGCCUCAUCAAUAAACUGAAGCAAAUGUGUGGAUUCGAGUAUACCAAUCGAUUAUCCAAAAUGAUUAAUGACACUCAGAUCAGCAAGGAUUCAUGUGCCGAGUUCCGCGACUACUUAUCAAACCGUAACGUAGACCUGGGGAUCGACUUCAAUAUGCUCAUUUUAAGCUCUGGCUCAUGGCCUGCACUGCCGACAUUAAAAAUGCAUUUACCGCAGAAGCUCAACCUAGCUAUCGAACAUUUCACAUCUUUUUACAAUUCUAAACAUAGCGGCAGAAAGUUGACAUGGGUGCUGUCACAAUCACGUGGUGAAAUGUAUGCUUAUGGUUUUGGAAAGAAGUAUGUGUUCACGACCACGACUGCACAAAUGGCUGUACUUCUACUGUUCAACGAUUCAGUGGAAUAUACUGUUUGCUCGCUGGUGACUUCUUUAGGGAUGGACAAAAAGAGCGUGUCGCAGGUUUUGGCGUCACUUGUUAAGAAUGAGGUGCUCAAGAGCUCCGAAAAUUGGGAUAUAUUGAGCGAAGCCAGAGAUGAUAUUCUUCUAACGCUCAAUCACGGAUACUUCAACAAGAAAAUCAAGGUUGACUUGUCCAAAAUGGUGCUGAGAUCCGAUCCCAAACAGGAAACUGAGCAUGUACAGAAGAACGUGGAUGAAGACAGAAAAAGCGUGAUUAACGCAUGUAUAGUAAGAAUAAUGAAAACAAGGAAGAGGAUAUCCCAUUCACAGUUGAUGACCGAGGUCCUGCAACAACUAUCAGCACGUUUCAAGCCGAGCGUGGAAAUGGUGAAGCGCUGCAUUGGUCAACUAAUAGAGAAGGAGUAUAUGAGACGUGACGACACCGCUCGAGAAAUGUACGAGUAUAUGGCGUAG